GAGCUUGAUCUGCUUAAUCUUGAUUACGUUAAGUAGCCCACACUCCAAUUGACUAAACAAACAAACAAAACAGAGCAACCCUCUCGCCCCAGCCCAGAUCAACACCGCUUCACAACACCUCUCCUUUCCUCCUUCAGGUCAGGGUCGGGUCAGGUUUAGGGUUCUGCUCCACCCAAUUAUAUGUACAAUCACACCAACACAGAUCCGAUCUGAUACGUGUAAUUACUGCCUUAAUCGAUGGGGAUAGUGUUCACGAAAUUGUUCGCAUCACUGUUUGGCAACAAGGAAGCUCGGAUCCUCGUUCUCGGUCUCGACAAUGCCGGAAAAACCACCAUUCUCUAUCGCCUUCAGAUGGGAGAAGUUGUCUCCACGAUCCCAACAAUCGGGUUUAAUGUAGAAACUGUGCAAUAUAACAACAUUAAGUUCCAAGUAUGGGAUCUCGGUGGACAGACUAGUAUCAGGCCAUAUUGGAGAUGCUAUUUUCCAAAUACUCAAGCCAUAAUCUAUGUUGUUGAUUCGAGUGACACUGACAGACUGGUAAUUGCUAGAGAGGAGUUUCACGCAAUCCUUGAGGAGGAAGAGUUAAGAGGUGCUGUUGUUCUUAUUUUUGCAAACAAGCAGGAUCUUCCUGGUGCACUUGAUGAUGCUUCAAUUACAGAAGCAUUAGAGUUGCACAAAAUUAAAAAUCGCCAAUGGUCUAUCUUCAAAACAUCUGCCAUUAAAGGAGAGGGACUAUUUGAAGGAUUGGACUGGCUAAGCAACACUCUGAAGUCUGGAGGUGGUUAAAUUUUGAAACGAGAACUCAGGUUUCUUCUGCUGUGAGAAAGUGGUGCUACUGUUUGUUAUGGGAUAGAAAAGAUGAAAAGAAGUUUCUUGUUAUGUUAAGUGAUUUUUUAGUAUACUGCUGAUAAAAAUGACAGAUAUUUCAUUGAAUAUAAGCAUGCAUCUGGUGUUUUUUGUUCUUGCUAAUCCACUUUAGCUGUAUCUAGCAAAGCUACUACCAUCUUUAUCUGAUGUUUUGUAAGAAUUUUUUUAUCUAGGCCUCUUUAUAAUAUAAUUUCUGAUUUACAGUA